UCGAGAUUUGUUUACUCAUUCAGCGGGUGCGCGCCUCAGUCCAAUAUGGCUACCGGAGACAAUAGCGGUCGGGUUCCGUGUUUAAAUUUCUCCGGACCCGGACCUUUGAGGAACAGCCAACCGAGCAACAAUGCUUACGCUUUGGCCGCGAGUCACGGAGGAUCGGUUGGAGGGGGCGGAGGCUCUCAGGGCGUAACGAGACGCUCCAAUCCCCAACAGGGGCCUGUGAGUUUGGAAAGCCCCGGUGUUGCGUCAGGACCUCCGCCGAACCUGGUGAACCCUCUCCCGGCUGCCGCGGCGGCGGUGGGGCCGCUGACUCCGACCGCCUCGAACAUGACCGGGAACCCUUCUAAUAACGCUGCGAUGACCGCGGCCACACACUCGUCUCUGUCCGCAGCCGCCGUGCUCGUGUACCGGGAGCCCGUUUAUAACUGGCAGGCGACGAAAACCACAGUGAAAGAGAGAUUUGCGUUUCUGUUCAAUAAUGAAGUACUGAGUGAUGUACACUUUCUAGUGGGGAAAGGAAUCGGAGUCCAGCGGAUACCUGCACACAGGUUUGUUCUGGCGGUUGGCAGUGCAGUAUUUGAUGCCAUGUUUAAUGGAGGCAUGGCCACCACAUCCACAGAGAUCGAGCUUCCUGAUGUAGAGCCUGCUGCAUUCCUGGCAUUGCUCAAGUUCCUGUACUCUGAUGAGGUUCACAUUGGACCCGAGACAGUGAUGACGACUCUCUACACUGCUAAGAAAUACGCCGUUCCUGCUCUGGAGGCCCAAUGUGUGGAGUUUCUGAAGAAGAACCUGCGCGCAGACAAUGCUUUCAUGCUGCUCACACAGGCGAGACUGUUCGACGAGCCGCAGCUGGCCGGUCUGUGCCUGGAGAACAUCGACAAAAACACCGGAGACGCACUCGCUGCUGAGGGAUUCACCGAUAUUGAUCUGGACACGCUGGUGGCGGUUUUGGAGAGAGAUACUCUGGGCGUUCGUGAGGUGCAUCUGUUCGGAGCCGCGGUGCGCUGGGCAGAAGCUGAGGCUCAUCGACAGCAGCUGCAGAUCACGCCGGAGAACGAGAGACGUGUGCUGGGGAAAGCCCUCAAACUCAUCCGCUUCCCGCUCAUGACCAUCGAGGAGUUCGCCGCAGGUCCUGCUCAGUCGGUCAUUCUGACGGACAGAGAGGUGGUGAGUCUGUUCCUGCACUUCACGGUGAAUCCUAAACCGCGUGUGGAGUUCAUCGACCGGCCGCGCUGCUGUCUGCGAGGGAAAGAGUGCAGCAUCACGCGCUUCGGGCAGGUGGAGAGCCGCUGGGGGUACAGUGGGACCAGCGACCGCAUCCGGUUCUCUGUCAGUCGCAGGAUAUUUAUUGUGGGCUUUGGCCUUUAUGGAUCCAUACACGGACCUACAGACUAUCAGGUCAACAUACAGAUCAUUCACACGGACAGUAACACAGUUGUGGGUCAGAACGACACGGGCUUCAGCUGCGACGGAUCGGCCAGCACCUUCAGAGUCAUGUUCAAGGAGCCGGUGGAAGUUCUGCCCAACGUCAGUUACACGACCUGCGCUACGUUAAAGGGUCCAGACUCUCACUAUGGCACUAAAGGCAUGAGGAAGGUCACGCACGAGUCGUCCGGCUCCGGCUCUAAAACCAGCUUCACCUUCUGCUACGCCGCGGGAAACAACAACGGCACGUCUGUGGAGGACGGCCAGAUCCCAGAGGUCAUCUUCUACACGUAGUCUCCGCUGGCGUCUCAGGGCUUUCCAUCCACACGUGAUAUUGCACUCGACCGUGACGCAGUAGAGGAUUCAGAGAAGUGACCGUGAAGACGCACGAAUCAAACAGUUACAGGAUGAAUGGACGGACGUUUCUGUCAUUAAUGAUUGCCAUUAGACUUUGAGGGCUCAUGUUAACAGCAAGUGAAUUACUCGCCCACGACUGACUGACUUUAUUUUUGAGUAUCUGAUUUUGCAUCUGGGUUGCAAUUAAAACUCUUGCCAAACCUGCACCUCACUGUGUUUCAGAGCUGUACAUUUAAAGGAAUAGCUCACCCACACAUAA